AUGGCAUGUCCUGUUAAGCUCCAAUCACUUCAUCUAAGAAAUAAUAGGCUCUCUGGAAAACUGCCUUCAUGGCUGAAAUAUUGCAGACAAUUGGUUGUUCUUGAUCUUAGUGAAAAUAAAUUCUCAAACAACCUACCAAUAUGGAUUGGAGAAAGCCUCAGAUCACUGAGAGUUCUUUCUCUGAGGUCAAAUUUCUUCAACGGAAGUGUUCCAGCUCAACUAUCAUAUCUUGCUUCUCUACAAGUUUUGGACCUCGCUUGCAAUAAUUUUUCAGGUGCUUUGCCUCCAUCGUUUGGAAAUUUAAGUGCAAUGAAGGGGACACAGAAUGCAGAAAAACCAAUGCUUACAGACUUCAAUGCGUACUAUACAGAGGGCUUAGUAAUGACCACAAAAGGAAUAGAAAUUGAGUAUACCAGUGUACUCUCAUUUGUAAUGAGCAUAGAUCUCUCAUGCAACAAUCUUUCUGGGAUGAUUCCAAUAGAAUUGGUAAAUCUUCAUGGACUACGUUUCUUGAAUCUCUCUAAUAAUCACUUCACAGGAAAGAUUCCGGAAAAUAUUGGUGCCUUGACACAGUUAGAAUCACUUGAUCUGUCGGUGAACAAUCUCUCAGGCAUGAUUCCCUCAACUAUUUCCUCCAUGUAUUAUUUGAAUCACUUGAACUUGUCCAACAAUAACUUAUCUGGAAGAAUUCCAUGGGGAAAUCAAUUACAAACAUUCUGUGAUCCCUCCAUUUAUAGUGGCAAUUUUGAUCUUCAUGGAUGGCCUUUUCCAUGGUGCUUUAAUGAUGCCCCUUCUAAAAGUCCAUUUCAAAACAGAGGAGAAGAGGAGGAACAUGAAAAUGGCGAUGAGUCUGAAAUGAUAUGGUUUCAUGCUUGCUCUGCACUGGGUUUUGUUAUGGGGCUCUUGGGGUUCAUCUAUGUGCUCGUGAUCAAACAAGCUAUAAGGAUUGCUUAUUUCCACGUGAUUGACAUGACAUACGAUUACAUCUAUGUGCAAUUAGCAAUAAGAUUUGCCAAAUUGAAGUCCAUCUUGCCCAUCUUGAUGAACAAUGGCCAAGGAUAA